AUUGCAGAGUUCAGGUUUCUAAAAAGAUUGAUACUUGUUCACGGGCGGUAUUCUUACAACCGUACAGCAUUUUUAUCCCAAUAUUCAUUCUAUAAAUCCCUCUUGAUAUGUUUUAUCCAGAUCUUCUUCUCUUUUAUUUCAGGUGUCUCUGGAACUAGUCUUUUCAAUUCUGUUAGCUUGAUGGCUUAUAAUGUCUUCUAUACUAGUAUUCCUGUUCUUGUCAGUGUCCUUGACAAAGAUCUUAGUGAACAAACUGUGAUGCAGCAUCCUCAAAUUUUAUUCUACUGCCAGGCAGGAAGGCUUCUUAAUCCUAGCACAUUUGCUGGAUGGUUUGGCCGGUCCCUAUUCCAUGCAAUUGUUGUAUUUGUAAUCAGCAUACACGUCUAUGCUUAUGAAAAAAGCGAAAUGGAGGAGGUUUCAAUGGUAGCACUGUCAGGAUGUAUAUGGUUGCAGGCUUUUGUUGUGGCAUUGGAGACCAAUUCCUUUACCGUGUUCCAACAUCUUGCCAUAUGGGGGAAUUUAGCUGCCUUCUACGUCAUCAACUGGAUCUUCAGUGCUAUUCCAUCAUCUGGGAUGUACACAAUUAUGUUCCGGUUGUGUCGCCAACCAUCUUAUUGGUUAACUAUGUUGCUCAUAGUUGGGGCAGGAAUAGGUCCAAUCAUGGCUUUAAAAUAUUUCCGUUACACCUACAGACCAAGUAAAAUCCAUACACUUCAGCAGGCUGAACGUAUGGGUGGUCCCAUUUUGUCUCUGGGGACUAUCGAACCGCAGGCAAGAUCUUUAGAGAAAGAAGUUUCACCAUUAUCAAUUACUCAACCUAAGAGCAGAAGUCCAGUUUAUGAACCUCUAUUAUCUGAUUCUCCAAAUACUAGAAGGUCUUUCGGGGCAGGUACUCCAUUUGACUUCUUUCCGUCGCAGUCCAGAUUGUCUUCUGUUUACUCGAGAAACUGCAAGGAUAACUGAGUUUACUACACUACUUAUUUGAUGGCUAGAAAAUGUAUAAGUCGCUAUUUGAGCUGUAGGAUUUUUUUAAAAUUUUUUUGGUGAUACCUCAUUGUAUCUAGUUGUUUCAUAGGUUAUACAUUCACAGAACUCCAUAAAUUAUUUUUACAGUGAAAAUACAGGUAUAAUUUAAUUACCUGAGCCUGAGGCUGAGCUUAUGGGGUGGACCUGGAAGGCUGGAACUUACUCUGAUCGAUGUAUUUCAACGAUUGAAAGAAACUGAGUGAUAACAUAUGGAUAUAAUUGCCGUUUCAAAA